CCAGAAAACAAAAGAAAAAUCUGAAGUGAGUUGGUUAUUUUAUGAAAACAUGGAUGUUGUGGAAUUUCUUACUCGAACCGACCGACGCAACCUCAAGUCCCAAAUAGGAUUCCAGGUGGCGCGAAAGAUGCGAGAAUGGUAUGAGGAUGUGGACAAUCGCCGUUGGAACCUCAGCCUUCUACUCCAAAGAGAGGCUUUGGAAGCGGACGAGAAGAUUGCAGAAUUGCUCCAGGAGCAAGCAGAUGAAGCGGAUCGAAAGCGACACGAGUGGAUCGAAAUGAAGCGGUUGAAAAGGGAGGAGGCCGAAAUGGAACUGGUCAAAGUUAAGAAGCAGCAACGGGAGAUUGAAAACUCCGAGGCCCAUCGUCAUAUGGUUACAAAGGAGAUCCUCUUGGAGUCGAAACAAGCUCAGCUCCACCAAAUCGAGGAGAAAAAGUCUCUUAAACGCCGUCAAGCCUGUGUAGAAAUCCUUUGGCAGCGAGUUUGGCAGCGACUGGAUGAAAGUCGAGCCCAGCAGGAGCAAUAUGAGCUCCAGUUGAGAAACUUGAUAGAGAACCGGUGCCAGGCCCAAAAUCUGGACACUGAUCGGGAGCAGAAGGCCCAGUUUGCCAAGGAUGUGUUGGCAGAGCAACGCGAAUGUUCCCAAGCCCUUGAAUUCGCUUCCGAAAUGGAUGUCCUCAAGAAACAACAUGACCUCAAGAAGGCGAAGGAUAAACGGCGCCAGCAACUCACUGAUUUGCAGGAUCAGAUCAAACAGAACCUCAUGAUCAGUGCCAAACAAUCGCAGGCAAAUAUACGUGAGGAUUUGGGUAAUAACAUACUGGAAGAUCGACAGAUUUACGAGGAGCUCAUGGAGAAGCGUUGCGCCAGGACUCACAAUCGCGAUUGGCACCAGCGCUAUAUGACACAUAAAGCUGAGGAGCGUGCCGCUCGAAAGGAAGAGGAUCAGCGGCGGGAUCGGAAAUACCUGGGCACUGGGUGUGUGCUUAGCCAGCAACAGAAGCAGCCAUAUGGCAAAGAAGUGCGCUAAUACAAGCGGACUCGUAUCAUACUCAUCAUCACCAUCAUCGAUCGAUGGCCACACUCAUGUCACGCCUCAUAUUUGGAUACCAUAUUGCAAUUAUAUUUACGACUGAUAUAAAUCAGGCGAUGGCAGCGAUAAGGAAAAGCGUAUCACGCACGGGCGGCAUAAAGCCCGUGAUAAUGCCCACCAUCAACGUCACCGUGGAAGCUGAACAGCUUGGCCUG